UGGCUCUCAGCUUUGUAUACUCCCGUCAUCUCUGCUAGCAAAACAGACAAUGUGCCACCGUUUUAAGCAGGGCAGACACACCAAUGUAACGGAGCAAGGAACGCAUCACAGCCUGACAGAGGAAAGUCGGCAGAGGAAGGAACAGCAUCAGAAGUGGCCUUCAGGAGGUCAGUGGCUCCAUCAUCUCGCUCUCCCCUGGCUUGCAGCUCAGAGAUGGGCUGCUCAGCUGGCCGAUUGCCCUGCCAGCCUCCGGCCUUGGUACUGCUGCCCACGCUGGACCAUGACUGCAGCCAGACCCUGGAUGGCUCAGCACCAAUGCCUGUACCCAAAGCUCCAGAAGAUCUCUCCGCUCUAGAGCGGCUGGCCCAGGCCACCGGUGGCACUGAGAAAUCAUGGUACCGCUGCGUGUUUCCUUUCGGGGUCAUUUCUCUGGUGAUCGGCAUGGCAGGGACCGGCGUCACUUUCACUUUUAACACGCUACACCAAACCAAAGUGGUGUCUCUGGUGCUGCUGGUGGUGGGGUUUGUCAUGCUGUUUAUAGCGGCCGUAUGCUGGAAGGUGCACAGGUCCAGGAGAAGAGAAAAGAAGGAGGGGGGGAUCUUCACUUCGGAGCAGUGCACUUUGUGAGACACACGUUCAUUCAUCCCAGACUCGUGAAGCACAAAGGAAGAACAGUGUUUUUUUAUGAUGCUCUUGUGUUUUGUAGUUAGACGGUGAGUCCUUAACUGUCUGUAACAUCACCCAUCAUUUCAAUGAUGGCCUGCGGAAAGACUUAGUGUAAAUGAGAAUGCUCCCGUUUAUACUUCUGUAUUUUGUUGAGAAGCAUGUGACUAAAACGCAGAAGUGUGUUACAAGAUUUUUAAGACUUUAAGAUUAUGCGUGUAAUUGUAAUCCUGACCUGGAGAGAAACUGUUGGAUGACAAACAGAAGUCAAGAUUUUAUGCUCCCUGACAAUGCUGCACAUUUCAGAAGAUUAUGCGUUCUCUGGCGGCCCCACACUCUUCCUCACCCUUAAAGGGAUAGUUCACCCAAAAAUGAAAAUUUGCUCAUCCUAAUGUUGUCCAAAACCUCUUCAGAACACAUUGACUUCCCUUGUAAGAACCCAAAACCAAUAGGCCUAAGACAUUUCUCAAAAUAUUUUUGUGUUCCCCAGUAGAAAAAGUCAUACAGGUUUUGAAUAACAUGAUGACAGAAGUUUUUGGGUGAACUAUUUUUUAACCUUUUUAUGGGGAGAUUAAAUAUCUGGGAAAUCCUUCAAGUCAAAGGGACUUGCAGAAUGAGUAACUGUAACAGGGUCUUCAAUACUGGGAAACAAAGAUCUUGCUUACAGGAUGCACAGCAAAUGAUACAAAUCUCUGGUCAAGGAAGGUUUACAUGUGAUAUAUAAACAAUGAUGAAGACCAACAGCUUCUUAUUUAUGUCUGUUUAGCAGGGGUGUGGAUGAGAAUGUCAUGAUUUAUUUAUAAUUUGUGCAUUUUUUUUUUUUUUUUGCCGUGUAUUAGAGAGAGUCUAUUUUCAUUAAAAGCACAUAUAAGCUAAUGAUUUGCAUGAUAACAACAAAAUAUUUUUUGGAAAUUUAGGUACGGUUAGUGUAUGCACAGCAUGUGUACUCUUGUGCACGAUUACAAGUAUUUGCGAGGCAUCAAACUGUUUGUUUUUGUCAAAUUUCAGACUGUUAUUUUCCUGUUACAUUGUGCUUUGAAUGGUUGUGUCAAGUGACUUCGGCAAAGAUAAUACUGAUAGUUAGAUACUAGGGACUGUGUAUACUCACAUGAAAACAAACUCGCUUACAUUUAUUUCUGUAAAGCUUUUGAGUGUGUGCGUGUGUGUGUGUGUGUGUGUGUGUGCGUGCGUGCGUGCGUGCGUGCGUGCGUGUGUGUGCGCGUGUUUAUGGAUGUGAGCAUUCAGGUAAUAGUUCACCUGCACACUGUAGCUGACACUCGCAGACAUAGUAGAACAGUACAAAAGCAUCAGAGCACAUCUGAUGAUAUUACAGCAGUAAAUCAGACGCUGCUGUGCAACUGAAUGUGCCGUAGUUUACGCAAAAAAAGCUAAACAAGAAUCUGAAUUGCUGACAUAAAUUGUGAAAUAUAUGUAGACAAUGCAGCAUAUGUGAAAAUAAUCUGUGUUUGGAUUAUGUUGGUUCUGUUUACUCUGAUUUUGUAUUUCAGCUUCGGUGUGUUUUACAAAAAAAAAGAUUUUGUUUUGUAUUUGUUUGUAUUUAUAUGGUAUAUAUGGUAUUUAUUUUGUAUUAUGCAUAUAGUUUGUAUAUGUUAUAUAUUUUGUUAUAUAUGCAUAGUAUUUUCUCUGUGAGAAGAAUUUCCAGCUGUUUGUAGCACUUAAUGUGUUAUUUGAGUGCCUGUCUUUUAAAAGUAGAUCUUUUUGUAUUAUCCACCACUGGGUUUGUAAAAAAAGAAAACAGUUUCCUUUUAAAAAAGCCCUAUUUUUUCAGUCUAAAAGAUGUGUUUUAUGUGCACAGUGACAGACACACCUAAAAUCAUGUAAAUUAAAUUACUACAGCCUUUUAAAGAGUGGAGAAUUCUGCAUUAUAGCACUCAGUGAGGUUGAUGACAAUGUCUGAUAUUUUCCCAUAUAUAGUCAGGAGGGAAUAGAGCGAGAGACAGAGAUACAGAGAAAAAAUAGGUGGUGAUGCAGAGUAGAGAUUGGGAAGGAGGAGGGAACCUCCAGAAGGAUUCAUUAAGAAAAAAAAACGUCAGGAAGCAGCAGUUACGUGCUCAGAAUAAUAAUGAACAGAGAUAGCUGUGGCAUAUCACAGCUACGUCAUAAAAUUCAGCCUCAGUGGUGCUAUGGCACAAGCUACAGCUAUGAAUCAUUGCAUUACUUGCAUUUUGAAAAGCUGCAAAUCCUCUUUUGCCAAGAUUUAAUAUAUCGCUGUGCAGAAAUUCUCUAAAGUCUUGUCAACCAUAUAAUGGAUUCACAGGUGGUAUAAUGUAAACAUAAAAGUAAAUUACUAAAUUAAUAUAGCAUGAAAAUUCACCCACUCUUCAGAUAUUUAGAUAUACAGAUCUACCUCAUUCACAUGCAGAUUAGACCUUCAAUAUCUAUGAAAUGCUGUUGCAUGUACUGUUUGCAAGAUUUUUUUUUUUAAUAUAUACUUUUCCUAGACUUCGCAUUUGCUCAAAUGUCUAUUCACUUAGAUGAAAGCAAAAUUGCAAUCAAAUGAAAGUGACAAGAUUUUAGAAGCCUGUUUUAAAUUUUACUGCAUUAUUUAGCAAUAUGUUGCAGCCUUUUAUUUUAUGAGCUGUCACACAUUUGAGGCCCAGGUACGUGCAUAUUGUUUGUGUGCAUCUUAUUGUCAAUAUAUGUUUUUACAUUUUUAAUUUUGGACUACCAAAAUAACAGAAACUAUUAAAAUAUAGCUGCAAGCAGCGAUACAGGGCCAAGCCCCCGAAGGCGCCGCACAGCAACGAGAGAAAGAAAAAGGCAGAAAAAGAACAUGCGUGAAAAACGGACAAGUCGAGAACAAAGUCAAAGUGCACAAUUUACGCACAAAUACGAAACACGCCCAUAGCCGGAUUGGAACCACUGACUCCAAAGACUCCAUGCUAGUGACUUAGCAAGUCUCGCCACAGAGCCAACAUCCCAAAACUGGGCUGCUGAGCAAAGCUGAUAGAGGUGUAAGUAGCUAUACAGUAUGUAACAAUAACCAAAGUUGCAGCUAUGACAGCGCACAGUCACAAGAACAAUAUGUACGUGAAAAACAGAUAUGUUUAAAAAACAGCAGAGAAUGACAUCACAAUGUACACACAAACAACACACGUUCCUCUCGGGAUUCAAACCUGUGAACUUGCGGUCUCAAGGUGUGAAUUUUAUUAGGUUGAGCCACUUAGUUCACGUAGUGCACCCUGCCUGCAACAACUUUCAGAGCUUCAAGCAUCGAUAUAGGCAAAUCCUGGAAGGUGCUGAAAUGACACAGUAGAGCAUAAGUAACAGAAAUACAGUGUACAGGAGAAAAAGAUGUCAGAAGUGACAAUGAAAGCAAUAUCAUAUUGUAUAGAAAUGCUCAACACGGUAUUAAAAACCUCUUGGACCUUUCUGAGAGGAUUUCAAAUAUUUACAUUUAUACAUUUGUAGGGUUGGGAAUCGAAAAUAAAUUCCAAUUUGGAAUCGGAAUCGAAAGGCUAGGAAUCGGAUCGGAAUCGAAAGGAAUAGGAAUCGGAUACUUGAGAUUAAAAUUUGAAUUCCUCUUAUCAAUUCCUGUGUGCAUAUUUUCAGAAAAGUACAUGCGUUGCAUGAUCUGCUGAUAUCUCAAUAAAAGCCCUUAUGAAAAUUAUCAAUAUAUUUUACUAUAGUA